UGGGCCGACCAACAGUAGUCAAGUGUGUGUUUGUGUGUGUUCGUUGGGCGAAACGUGUCUAUCAGCAAAGACACACACAUUCAUAAGCGUGAGACCUUGUAGAUAACGGGAUUCUUUUCAGGAAUUGGAAGUUUUAUAUUGGUUUCUCUGAAGUAGUUUCGAUGCUAUACUAUGUACAGCACGGAAUCUGGCCUUUGAAGCGCAGGAUUUAUCCGACUCCGUUUCCACUGAAGACUCUCCGCUCCUCCUCCCCCUCGAUGAAGCGCUGCGAUGCCCUCUGAUUUUAUAUCCCUCCUUAGCUCGGAUAUUGAUCUCAAUUCCCCUAAAUCUCUAUACUCUAAAGAGUCAGUAUAUGACCUCCUCCCCAAAGAGCUCCAGCUUCAGCCGUCGUCCACCCAGACAGACAUACCCACCAUGAGCCAGAAGAGCGGGGGAGAGGCGGGACCUCCUCCCUCUGCAACGUUGGCCUCAGAUGCCACCUCUUGCACCUCCAGCCCCUCUGCCUCUUCCUCCCUGGCCAUGGGCCUGUCUACCUCUUCCUCAGACCACCUCACGGUCUCUCAGCACCUCCACUCCACCGGAGCGGACGGGCCCGGAGCGUCAGAGAUGCAAGGCAUGGAGGCGGCCGGAUCGGCGCCCAGCAGAGGCGGCGGCGGAGCGAACCCCACAGGCGGAGACGGAGGGACUGGCGUGCUGUCGGGGAUGGGUGUGCAGCAGCUUCAGAACACGCCGUCAAAGCGGAGGCCCGUGUUGAACAUAUCGCCGCCACCCGAAGAUCUGUUCGACGACAGCCAAAUGUCGUGCCAAGAGGAGCCCGCCGUCGCCGCGGCGGCGUGUCCGGACUCAGAGCACAGCAGCAGCAUGUGGGCCGACGACUCCGUGUCCAACUUCAGCAUUAUCAGCUCCGUCUCGUACAACGACAACACGGAAGUGCCACGCAAAUCCAGGAAACGGACCCCUCGCCAGCGACCGGGCCCCAAGCCGACCCCUCCGGAGGACAGCAUGGACGUGUUUGAUGCAGAUAGCGCCAAGGGUCCUCACUUUGUCCUCUCCCAGCUGAGCACAGACAAGACCAGCUCAAUUGCAAGCUCUCUCGAUUCAGCAACUGCGGUGAAAGGUGGCUCACUGUCUGCCCAGUUUCCUCAGAGGAGUGACGGGAAGGAGCUGAAGAUCCUGGUGCAGCCAGAGACCCAGCACCGAGCCCGGUACCUGACGGAGGGCAGCAGAGGUUCAGUUAAAGAUCGCACACAGCAAGGAUUCCCCACUGUCAAGUUGGAAGGCAUUAGCGAACCAGUGGUUCUUCAGGUGUUUGUUGCCAACGAUGCGGGCAGAGUGAAGCCUCACGGUUUUUAUCAGGCGUGUCGGGUAACGGGACGCAACACCACUGCCUGUAAGGAGGUGGACAUAGACGGCACAACGGUUAUAGAGAUCCCUCUGGAACCCAGCAAUGACAUGACGCUAGCUGUGGACUGUGUGGGGAUUUUGAAGCUGCGUAACGCAGACGUGGAGGCACGAAUCGGUGUGGCGGGAUCCAAGAAGAAAAGUACACGAGCCAGGCUGGCCUUCAGGGUCAACAUCCCCCAACCCGAUGGCUCAGUGCUGACCUUGCAGGUCCCCUCAUCACCCAUCCUCUGCACCCAGCCAGCUGGACUCCCAGAGAUCCUGAAGAAGAGUCUCCACAGCGGCUCGGUGAAAGGAGGCGAAGAGGUUUUUAUAAUUGGAAAGAACUUCCUCAAAGGAACUAAAGUCAUAUUUCAGGAGAACAUUGCAGACGAUAAUUCCUGGCAAGCUGAGGCGAAGAUUGAUACGGACCUUUUUCAUCAGAACCAUUUGGUGGUGACCGUUCCUCCGUUCCACAGCCAGUCCAUCACCUCUCCUGUGUCUGUAGGGAUUUUUGUGAUGACCAAUGCUGGUCGAUCACAUGAGGCCCAGGCUUUCACCUACACUCCAGAAUCAGAUAAUUCAAGCGGCCAGACGGUCAAAACAGAAGGAACAUCGCUGGUCAACACCUGCAUCUUUGACGGUGAGAUCAAAUCCGUGUCCUCGGAGCAGAGCGACUGCUCUGGUCAGCCUUCCAAGCGGCAGGAAGACACACCCAUGGAGGUCUCCAGCAACCCUCAACCCACAGAUGUUUUCAAACCGUCCCCAGACCCUCUGAUCUCAGUGCAGCAGACCCUGGAGCUCAACUCAAGCCCGCAUCCAGGAGGGGAGGCUUUCGAGAGCCCGAUGCCCCUGCAGCCUGAAGACGUUGAGCUCCCCCAGGCGCCCCCCGUCUUUCCCAGCCUGGAGUCUCUCAGCACCAUCCAAAAGCAAGAGAUCUCUUCCACCACAUCCUUUCCCGUGUCGGGAGACACCACCAUCCCCCCGGUGACGCCAGAAGUCCCCCAGCAGUUCCUCAGAGACCCUCAAGAAAGCCUUUCUCCGGAGAGCUCCGAUAACGGCGGGACCAUCGUGGUCGUAGCCAUGCCUCAGAUGGCGGCUCCUACUCAGCCGCCGCCGCAGCAGACGCAGGUCGCCCUGUUUCCCCAGGAAGGCGUGGCCCAGUUGGAGCGGGCGGUGAGGGAGCUGCAGGCUGGAGGCACCACCACCCUGGAGCAGGUGCUGGAGGUGGCGGUGGCGCAGCAGCAGCUCAACUCUGUGCUCUACAACCCGACGGCGUCGGCAGAGUCCUUACAGCAGCACGUCCAGGAGAACAUGAACAGCCUGCGGUUGGGCAACUCUGAUAGCUCCCUGUCGGCACGGCAACAGAUACAAAUGCAGCAACAGCAGCAGCAGCAACAGAUACAAAUGCAGCAGCAGCAACAGAUACAAAUGCAGCAGCAGCAGCAACAGAUACAAAUGCAGCAGCAGCAGCAGCAACAGAUACAAAUGCAGCAGCAUCAGCAACAAAUACAGCAGCAGUUCCAGCAACAGCAACAAAUCCUUGAAAACCUGCAGCAACAGCAGCAGCAACAACAGCAGCAGCUGCAGCAGCAGGUCCUCAGCAACAUGCAGAUCCAGCAGCAGCUCAUGCUGCAGCCUCAAGACCAACAGCAGCUGCAGCAGCAGCAGAUGAUGGAGAAUAUCCAGCAGCAGCAGCUGCAGCAGAAUCAGCAACAGCAGGUCCUGAACAACAUCCAGCUCCAGGAUCAGCAGCAGCAAAACCAGAUUCUGAGCAAUCUGCAGCAGCAGCAGGAGCAGCAGGUCCUGGAAAAGCUGCAGCAGCAGCUGCAAGCCGAGCUGCUGCAGCCCCAGAUUCACUCCUCCCCCCAGGCGCAGCAGCCCGUCUCCCUGCUGCAGCAGGCGGGAGAGCUGCUCACCAUCCAGACCAGCUUCCCGACGCCACCGCCAUCCCACACGUCUCCGCCACAGCAACUCUUCCAGUCGCCGCAGCCGCUGGCCGAGACCCAGAGCUCCCAGCAGCAGGUGCAGGCCGCCCUGCUCCAGAACACGCUGACCGUUCUCUCCGGCGGCGGCCUCGGGUCUGAGCAGCAGCCCACGGGGUCGACCAUAUUCCUGUCCACCAACCCUCAGCCGCAGCAGCCCCAGCAGCAGCCCCAGCUGGCCUUCAUCUCUUCCAUGGAGACGUCAUCCAGCCAGCCCCAGCCCGUUUCCAUGUUCCAGAACCAGCCUCCGACCCAGCUGUCCCAGCCAAUGGAGCAGCAGCAAUCCCCGCAGCAGAACCAGCAGCCGCCGCAGCAGCUCCCGCUGGGCCAGCAGGGCACCUUGUUCCAGAGCAUCCCAAACCACUCGCAGGCCAACGCCGUCUCCCAGAACCAGAUCUCUCAGCCCCAGCAGACUGGCCUGCUCCUCUGCACCUCGGAUCUACUGUUCACCACCCCGGCUCAAGCCGCGCCCCCCAUCCCAGGCAUUAGCGUUGGAAUUCCCCAACCGGACGCAGCCGAGCCCAUGUCGUUCCAAGUUCAGAGCUCCUCUGGCAGCAACGCCGCACCUGCCGCAAACCAACAGCAGAGCCUGUUCCAGGAGCAGCAGCCCAUGCAGGUGACCCCGAGCCCCAGCCAGGUUCCCAACAGUCAGCCGGUGAAGUUGUUCAUCCCGCAGACGUCCCUGUCAGGGCUGCAGGGGACCAUUGGUUCCCAGGACCUCAACACCGAGGCGGCAGCUCCGACUGCAACCAUCUUUGUGGUGCAGGGUGGCGUUGGCGUGGUCGCCAGUCCGGGCCAGCAGCCGCCAGAGCAGCUGUUCCAGACCGCAGUGGGCGGCACCGUAGCACCACAGGGGCAGCCCAACCUAUUUGUGUUUGGCAUCCAGAAUGACUCAUCCCAGCUGCUCAGUUCUUCUGGACCGAACCUGCCUGCUCAGACCCAAGCCCAGAACUCCAGUCACAUGCAGCCUCUGCUGGAUCAGCCCAUGCCCCAGGCCGCGCCCGGCAUGCACAGCAAUCUGCAAAACACUCUUCAGGCACAAAUGCAGACCAGCCUAGAAAAUGCACUGCAGUCAAACACCCAAACUCCAAUGCAGACCAGCCUGCAGACACAGAUACAGAGCAGCUUACAGAAUCAGAUGCAGGCGACCAUUUCUGCAACGUCUGGCAUGGAUAAAAUCGAGGACAUCUUGGAAAGUCUGCAGAAGCAAUGAGACGGGUCGGGACACGUGUGGCUUAAAGUUACAUUUCAUCAAAUUGGCAAGGUGGUGUGUUGGUUUUUGUGCCAAUGCCAUAAAACAAAACAAAAAAAUAUUAAUGCUUAAUAACAAUAUGCCCUUUUACUAAAAACCCAAAUUAUGAGGUUUGACAGGAUUUUUAAAAGGUCAUUAUUAAUUCAUUAUUCAUUUUAGCUAUUUUUCAUUACUCUUGAAUUGUUGAAUCCUCCUUUGUAAUUACCCAUCCUGCAAGUUAAUGAGGCCCAGAGUAACUGCUUGAUUCAUUAAUGUUUAAAAAAACUGCAGUGUUUUUGUUCUGUGUUUAGAUGAUGUGAGCCUCAGAAAUGAUGCAACAAACCCGCCAGGUGUGGGAGGAGAAAAAACUGGGAUGGGAUAAAGAAUGUCGGCCAUUUGGAAACAUCUUGUGGAAUAGGGAUGGAAUGUCAGAUAAAGGCUGAAUCUCAUUUUGUGAAUGUGUGAACUCUGAGGUUUCAUUUCACUUCAGGGUUUCAGACUAUUAAUCGGGAAACUUUAGGAUUAAAUGUAAUGUUGCUAAAAUGGCUCAUGAUUGAAGACAUUUUUGGUUUUAGCUUUUUGGCUUUGAAGAAUUCUCACAAUUUUCCUCAAACCUUGGAUUUGCACGUCUACAAAUCCAUGUAAGUUGAAAUGCUCAUCUCUUUGAGAAUAAGGAUGUGUUUUUUUUUUAAUAUUUGCUGGUAUGCAUUUGUUUUGCAUUUGAAGUGUCUCUGAUGAAGAGGACAGAAGCACAAAGCUAUCGGUUGUUUUACUUGAACUCGGCAUGGGAAGGGACGAGAUUCUCACGGUACAACCUUGAAUAUCACAUUUUUACAAUAUUUUUACAAAAAUGAAUCUUUAAAAAAAUAUUCAGACUGCUUCUAAAUUAAUACAUCUUUUUACUAUUAAUUUAUCUAGUAUUAAGCAACAACAUAGACUAGCCAUCUUCUAAAUUUUAGUAGCAGCAGAAUAUUAUACGUACGUCGUCAUUCUGAGCGCCGACAGUAUAACGAGUUGAUAUUAGUUACUCGGACCAUUCAGGCUCCAAUUUAAAAAGAGCCUUAGCUUAAUGACAGAGACGGGUGGUGCUUCUCUAGUUUCUACACUAUGACUGGAAAUCUCUCCAAGGAGCCUGAAAUAGUUUAUUUGUAAGAGAGAGGAAUGAAAUAUUGGGGGCUUCUCUCAGUCAGUCCAGCUACUUAAAGCUCAAUUAGCUAACCUGCUGCUAGCUGCUUACCAGACAUGCUAGUCAUACUUUGUCAACUGAAGUUUUAAAACAGAAUUGCCAUAAUAAAGGUGAUGGGUGGCUGAAAAUAUUUUUUUUUGUUAGUUUUUUUCCUUUUUGAAUUUGUAGUUUUUAAAAAUUUCGGUUUACCCUGAUGCCUCUAACUGACCCAUGCUUAUGAAAAAAAAAAAGAAAUAAAACUUCUCAUUAAAAUGUAGUGUGAAAUUAAUCGGGUGAGAGGGGAACAUUACACAAUCACAAAUCAGGUUCAGCCUGUUGAAUAAUGUGAUUUUUUGUGGGCGCCAUGCAGUGUUUUCAUGUUUCGGCCUCAUCAGUAGGUUUGUGAAAGCUUUCUGGAUGAAUUUUUAAACAUCAUUCAUGUAUGUGUUGUGUUCAGUUUUUUGGUUUUUUUUUUUCCAUUUCAAUGUGUUGGUAGUUCUUACCAAUUAAUCAUGGACAGAAAGCAGCUUUCCACUAGUGAAAACAAGAGUGUUGUGUGGUUUUAUAAACAUUUUAUCUCAAGCACUUUAUAACCUUUUUGUGUAACCCGCUCCUCCUGAUUAUCCGUCCGUCCACAGCUCUGUAAGGAACAAGCUGAAUUUGUACACGAGAAAAAAUAGAAAGCAGUUGUCUUUGUAACAAUGAAUAAGUUUUAAUCAAAUAUUUUCACAUUUUAUCUUCUUUUUUUUUUCUUUUUUUUUUUAGCUAUAGCAUUUAUAAAGAAUGUCAACUUACUGUUCAAGUCUCGGUGGUCCAGUCAAAGCCUGUCCAGAAGCAGCCAUUCCCACUAGAACGUUGUGAUUUUUCACUGUUUGAGUGGUUCAGUGGGCCUUUUGUGUUUUACACACCGACUAGCCAUCUAAGAUAUUCUUUCAUCUUUUACUCUCAAAUGAAGGAUUUGCGUUCAGUUCUCCUUUUUGUACAGAUUCACUGCAGAUUGUUUUGCCGUUUGUCUUGUUUGCGUUGUGUUUUGUUUUGUUUUUUUGUCAGUGUUUGUAGAGCGUACAGAGUGGCACCGGAUGAAGUUUUACGGCUCGUCUCUUUCAUAUUGAGCGAGGGCUCGCUGUUACUUAGAGGCCGAAGUUUCUGACGUUAUCUAUGGUGCUAUGUACAGGAGCACCUCUGCUGUGAUGUUAACUAUUUCUAAUAGCACUGGCUUUGUUUUUAACUGUGUCUGCAAAGUUGAGUCCACAGCGCUGGCUGUUUGUUGUGGGUUCGGACUGGAGCGCAGCCAGGCGUACCAAAGCUCCCGUUGUGAUUCGUCGCCAUCCCAUCUCCGGCUUGUCCUCGCGGACGCCCUCAUGAUGUUUACUCAUUUCUACAGAUGAAUGCAGCUCUCCCGUGGAAAGCAAUUCAGCAGAUUUACAAAACACAAAAAAAAAGGUACUUUCCACCUAUCUGAUACAGUACAUGACUCGGGGUUCCUACGCAGUCUGGAAAAGAUUUAAAUCUGAUUUCUGUAUUUUCCAGAUCUGCAUGAAAAAUUUUGAUAUUUUUGGACUUCAUUCCUUGUCCCAUUGCACAUGUGUUCUGAUUCCUUGUGUCCUUCUUUCAUGUUUUUUAUCUGGCAUUCUUCCCGUCUCAAAUCCUUGCUUCUUAGUUAAAAUUCUUCCUUCCUUCUCUCCUUGCUCUUCUUUCACCUUCCUUCUUUUUCUUUAAUUCUGUCUUUCUAGCUAGAAUCCUUGGUGGCUUCCUUCCUUAUGUCCUCUGCCACCUUGUUCCUCUGCCCUUCCUUCAUUACUUACUUCCUUGCUCAAAACGUUCCUUCUGUUCUUCCUCCAUCGUUCCACCGUUUUUUGUUUUAUUUACCGGUUUUAAAUCCAAACGCAUAGCAAACAUUUGUGUUUAAAAAUGAGCCUGGAAAAGUCUGACAUUUUUUUACACAAACAUUUUGUGGGAACCCUGAUAAUUCAUUUUUUUCCAUGCAGAUGACACUGCUUUGCUUUCCAUCUUCAAAAGUAGCCAAUUUGGCAUCAUCAAAAAGCCAAUUUUUGAUAAAUAUUCAGAUGUUCUUAUAGCAUUGGUCAUAAAUGCAUUUUGUUUACAUUGUCAUAGUCAUAUUCUUGUCCUGCAGCUGUUAGUGAUCCAUUUUAAAGUAACUUAUCUUUUUUAAAAUUUUGUAUCCAUGUAUCAGAGUGUAGAGUAUUUUUGUAAAAACAAAGCUUUUUUGGUUUAUGCUCAUGGCACAGGAGAUAUCAUUGAGAUUGUGCUUUUGUUGAGAUGAAGCGCAGGUUUACUGUGAACUGUUUGAAGUUAAGAAAUAUAAUCAAGUGGACGUCGUUGUUGAUUUUACCCGAACUGUGCAAACCUAAUGACGUGUGGGCAAGUUGUCCUUUUCAUUUCUUUUCUUUCUUUUUUUUUUCCCCCCCCUUUUUUUUUAACUUAGUUUUCACGUCAUGCAUCUCAAAUGGCACUUUGACUCAUCCAUUUUACUGUAGAUCAGGUUAGAGCGCAGCCACGUCGUCUCCAAGCAUUCCGCUCCUCUCGGUUAGGGGAGAUUUUAAAAAGAGCACACGAUGUUGUGGAAGAACCGUGGAAAGGUUAAUGCCUCUUAAAGCCAUACCAACACAGAAAGCCAACCUGUGACUUCGCUUUCAUGAAUGUAAAUUUUACCUCAUGGUGUGGACACCUGGCUUGGUCUACAUCUGACAUCGGACCAAUUACCAUUUUAGAGAUUUUUUUUUUUUUUGCUUUGUUUUGUUUUCUUCCGAGGCAAAGGGAAUAUAAGUGGGUGUGGCACCAGCUGUCAUUCAUGUUUCCAUUCAUUUGUUUUCUGUCUGAUGGUGAUUUGGUUUCAUGUCCAGCCCUUCACAUUGUCUAGUGAGCCGGUAUAUUUAGGCCUGAAAAAAAAAAGAGAGAGAACCUUGUUAAAUAUUGAUUCAACUGUGGCGAAGAGAGCACACACACAUCUUUGCGUUAUGUCAGGGGGCGGAGGGAGGUUCGUCCCUUCAGUCAUGUCGGUGAAUAUCCAUGUAUAUUUAAAUGUGAAAUAUACUGCAGGGGUAUCUUGAAUUUCAAUUGUGAUGCUUUCAACAGAACUUUGUGUGCCUUGACAACUUAACCCUUGCUCUGCUGUGUUUACUGGCGUCCCUUUUGUGUCCCUGCUCCUUGUCCUUUUUAUCCUCUCUGACCCGUAAUCAUUUCAGCAGUCAUAAACAUAGUUCAAACUGAUAUAUUUUCUUGUAAUUUAGUCGAGAUGUGUGAUUUUUAUCAAAAUAUUGCGCAGUUUCAUAUUUCUGUAGUUUUCUGUUAGUUUUUUUUUUUUUUUUUUCCACGCCUCAUGAGAUUUGUAAGUGUGAGGUAAAAGGGACAAGACGGUGGCGAUUGUUUUUGUAGAAAACUUCCUGGUGUUGGUGUACUUGUCAACAUUUGUUGAUGUGAAACGCUCGAUCAAAAGGGGCAGCCAUGAUAAGUUAACUGUUUGCCAAUAGUGUGAGCUGUACCUUGUGCAUAAUCAGUUUGCUCACUUUUCCUAGUUUGCUUUCGACUUCACAUCCUUCGACGGUUCUGUUGUAUCGGUUUUGUGUAGCUUGAGCUUUAGUAUCUUAGCCUUAAGACCCUGCAGUAAGGAUAAAGGUCAACCCCAGCGUGUUAUACAUUUGAACUAUUAUUAACAUGUACUUUGCCUUUGUCUGGACAUUUGUAUACUCUUCUGUUUAUAUCUGUAAUCCUGCUGCUACAUUAAAUGAAUUAAUAAAAAUUUAAACAUC